AUGGAAGAUACACCUACCGGCUUAGAAUCUGGCAAAGAGGAGUUCAAAGCUACAGAAUUAGAAUCAGAGAACAAAAAUCAUGAGAAUAUAGCCGAAGGGAAUGUAUCAAAUAUAGAAGACGAGCCUGCUACGAAGAGCACAACAGAUGCGACAGAAAUGGACACUUCAAAUAGUGAACUAAGAAAUGCAGGUCAAGAAAGUUCAAUCAAAGAGACAGGUAUCGAUAAAGUGGAUUAUGAGGAUGUCCUUUCUGAGAAAUUGAUUGACCAAGUUAAAGGAGUUAUUUAUGGUAACUGUAUAGGAGAUGCAGUUGGACUGUUGACUGAAUUUAUGAGCAAGGAGCAAGCACGUAUGGUAAGGAGAGCAUGCUCUACAGUGAUACCUCGGUAUUUGUAUAAUAUAGAAAUGAGCCUCGAUGGUUAACAGUUGAGUUUGACCUGUGACAUAAUGGACAGAGUGUCCCUUGAUCAGUAAAAUCAUCUGGUGUUAGAUGGAGUAAAGAGUAGGGUGCAUUACAGCUAGAUUAAUGACAUCACUGGAGACAUCCAAAAUUUGACAGAUCCAAAACAUCUUGAUUGCCAUCAUAGUUACCUCCGCCAGGAGGUUAUGUAAUCAUCUGGGUUUGUAUGUGUGUGUGUGUGUUUGUCUGUGAGCACGAUAACUCAAGAAAUACCAAACAUAUUUAUACGAAAUUUUUUGAGUUCAUUUCCCAACGGCUAAGGAAGAACCGAUUAAAAUUUGGUUGAAUUUGGUUAAAAAUUGAACGAGAAAUCAACAAAAUUUUGUCUUGCUUUUCCUGGUCAAUUAAAAACUCACUGAAUGCGUAAUUAGGACGUGUAUAAUGUAUGCACGCAGUACUAAGACAAUAAUGAGAUGAUAAACCUCAUUAAGUUUCAACCUUCAUUAUCUAUUGUCUUAGUUGCAUUUCACAUGAUUGAAAUUCAAUGGGGGUGGAGGUAUGCAGUCUCUGAGUGCCCUCUAGUUAUCUAUAAGUCAAUUCUCAUUUAGGUGUACGGUUCUGUGGGCAAGCAUUUUUUCACAAAAGAUAUAAAUCUUGAAUACGAGAUGAAAUCAAACGACAGUCAUCGCAUCAGAUGGGUGCAAGGUGAUUGGACAGACGACUCGGAUCAAAUGAUAUUAAUCUUGCAAACACUUUUGGAACGCGAUGGACAGGUAUAUAAAAUGAUAUUGUUUGAUUUGCAUUUUGAAAGUUAAUCUAACAAAAUUAUCCACAUUAACUAAAACUUAAAGAUAAUCUUUAACCCAAUUUGAGUGGCAGCACUCUCCCCUUGACAAGUAAAAUCAUCUGGUGUUCGACUAAGUAAAAUAAUAAAGUAGGGUGCAUCAGGGCACAUUGACACUUGAAGGGUUAAUUUAUAAAUGUAUUUAGUCUGUAUGUUUCAGUUUGACAAGAUGCUGUUUGCAAACAAGAUGCUGACAUGGUGUAGGAAAGGUUUUCCAGAGUUAGGUGACUCAGGAGGAAUGGGAAGAGGAAUGACGACAGUUAAAGUGUUGGAACAUCCUGAUUACCUAACUGAUCCACAUCAGGUGGGCGGUCAAUAAAUCAACUGCUAAUUGGUGACUUGAUCCAAUCAUCCAAUCAAAUGAAUGUGUCGAUUAAAUAAUGAAUUGAUACACUCAAUCAAAUGGAAUGAUCCAAUCAAUUAAUCCAAUCAAUAAAUUUCUCCAAUCAAUCAAUGAAUUUCUCCAAUCAAUCAAUGAAUCUCACCAAUCAAUCUAUAAAUUUCUCCAUUCAAUCAAUGAAUUUCUCCAAUCAAUCAAUCAAUGAAUUUCUCCAAUCAAUCAAUAAAUUUUUCCAAUCAAUCAAUAAAUUUUUCCAAUCAAUCAAUGAAUUUCUCCAAUCAAUCAAUGAAUUUCUCCAAUCAAUCAAUAAAUCUCUCCAAUCACAUCUCCAUGGCAACAGGUAAUGUUAUUUUGUUUUGUCUAAUAUAAUUUCCAUAAUUCUCUAUAUGAUCCACAUCAGGUGGGCGGUCAAUAAAUCAACUGCUAAUUGGUGACUUGAUCCAAUCAUCCAAUCAAAUGAAUGUGUCGAUUAAAUAAUGAAUUGAUACACUCAAAUGGAAUGAUCCAAUCAAUUAAUCCAAUCAAUAAAUUUCUCCAAUCAAUCAAUGAAUUUCUCCAAUCAAUCAAUGAAUCUCACCAAUCAAUCUAUAAAUUUCUCCAUUCAAUCAAUGAAUUUCUCCAAUCAAUCAAUGAAUUUCUCCAAUCAAUCAAUAAAUUUUUCCAAUCAAUCAAUAAAUUUUUCCAAUCAAUCAAUGAAUUUCUCCAAUCAAUCAAUGAAUUUCUCCAAUCAAUCAAUAAAUCUCUCCAAUCACAUCUCCAUGGCAACAGGUAAUGUUAUUUUGUUUUGUCUAAUAUAAUUUCCAUAAUUCUCUAUAAACUAGGCGGCACAUGACAUAUGGGUAAAAAGUGGUUAUUUCGUAGCACCAAAUGGUGGAGUAAUGCGAACGUCAAUUCUUGGAACAAUGCAAUAUCAUGAUUUGCCCAAAGUUAUAGAAAACACCAAGAAUGCAUGUAAGGUCACUCAUGCCGACCCUCGAUGUGUUGCAUCAUGCGUUGCUGUUACCAUGGCAAUAGCACUGACGUUGCAAGGUAAAUACAAGAUGAAGAGUGGGGAAUAUGAUGUUGAUGAAAUAACAAAGGAAGCUCAUGCAACCGCUGAACAAGAGUUGGAAAAAAAUGAACAU